AUGGUGGCCGUUGAAGGCGAGAAGAAGAUGGUCACGCUCAAGAGCUCGGACGGUCAGGAGUUCGACGUCAUUGAGUACUGCAAGAAGCACGUUCAGACCAGCCCCAAACCGGCUAACUCCGGCGCCGCCGCUGACGCCAACUCCUCCACCUCUACUGCAGACGCCGCCCCCGCCGAGGACCUCAAGAGCUUUGACGCCGAGUUCGUCAAGGUCGACCAGGCCACCAUCUUCGACCUUAUCCUGGCUGCAAACUACCUCAACAUCAAGGGAUUGCUCGACCUUACUUGCCAGACUGUUGCCGACAUGAUCAAGGACAAGACUCUAGAGGAGAUUCGCAAGAUUUUUAACAUCAAGAAUGACUUCACACCCGAGGAGGAGACGGAGAUCCGCAAGGAGAACCAGUGGGCUUUUGAGUAG